AGUGAGUUGCAGACUGUUCAAGUCCUUCUUGUGGUCUAACCUUCCUUCCUCUUGCUGCCUUGUCAAUCGGGGACCGCCCCUUGUUUACACUCCUGGCAUCCCUUCCUGUAGAUCCCCUCAUUGAGAAGGCAACCAUGUGGAAGUUGUAGGACAUCAUUCAUUCAACCUCCCUUAUGCUUGGAGACCCAGGACCCAGAGAGAAGCAUCUACCUUGUCUCCCAGCCAGGGAGAGACUGAGGCAGGACGAGAGGCCGGUCCCUUUCUUGUUUGAGUCUACCUCCACUGUGGCCCAGAGUCUUGGUGAAGAGACCUCAGGGCCUCUAGGCUGGGUAGGGCUAUUUUGUUCAUCCUAGACUCACGGAGUGGGCAGCUAGGAAGCACAGGUCUUCUUGAAGCCCCCAUCAAGCCUCAGAUAUGCCCCUUACCUCCGUCUUAAAGAAACUGCUGGAUCCACAUGGGAAGUGAAACUGCGGGGGUAUAAGAAGCUGGGGUACGGUUCUGAGCAUGACAACCACAGUCUAAGUUUGGAGGGCUGAGAACUUGGGGGUUCAUCCUGAGGACCCAUAUGCCCCCUUCCCCUUUACCUCCUAUUACAGGCCAUGGUGGCUUUGUCAAUGGUCCUUGGGUUCCUGCUGGCUCUGAGCAGAGGUGAGAGGGCGCUGGACACCAAGACCCAAUCCCCAGGGAAGGCCACUGAAUGGGGGGACCCCCGUCUCGCUCUGCUGGGGUCCUGCCAGCCAGCCCCUUCCUGCAAGCAAUGCAUUCUCUCACACCCCAGCUGUGCGUGGUGCAAGCAACUGAACUUCACAGCAUCUGGGGAGGCGGAGGAGCGGCGAUGUGCUCGGCGGGAGGAGCUGCUGGCCCGAGGCUGCCCCACCGAGGAGCUGGAGGAGCCCCGGGGCCGGCGGGAGGUGCUGGAGGACCGAUCCUUCAGCCAGGGCACGGGUGGCGGCCAAGGCACUGUCCAGCUGGCGCCGCAGCGGGUCCGCGUCACGCUCCGGCCGGGGGAGGCGCAGCGGCUCCGAGUGCGCUUCCUGCGGGCGGAGGGCUACCCAGUGGACCUGUACUACCUCAUGGACCUGAGCUACUCCAUGAAGGACGACCUGGAGCACGUGCGCCAGCUGGGGCACGACCUGCUGCUGCGGCUGCAGGAGGUCACCCAUUCCGUGCGCAUCGGCUUCGGCUCCUUUGUGGACAAGACGGUGCUACCCUUCGUGAGCACGGUGCCGUCCAAGCUGCGCCACCCCUGCCCCACCCGGCUGGAGCCCUGCCAGCCGCCCUUCAGCUUCCACCAUGUGCUGCCCCUGACCAGCGAGGCCAAGGUCUUCGAGCGGGAGGUGGGGCUCCAGAACGUGUCCGGCAACCUGGACUUGCCCGAAGGUGGCUUUGAUGCUCUUUUGCAGGCUGCGGUCUGUCAGGAGCAGAUUGGCUGGCGAAACGUGUCCCGGCUUCUGGUCUUCACCUCCGAUGACGUCUUCCACACGGCUGGGGAUGGGAAGUUGGGCGGCAUUUUCAGGCCCAGCGAUGGACGCUGCCACUUGGACAGCAAUGGCCUCUAUAGUCGUAGCGCAGAGUUUGACUACCCCUCUGUGGGUCAGGUUGCUCAGGCCCUCUCUGCGGCGAAUAUCCAGCCAAUUUUUGCUGUCACCAGUGCCACGCUGCCUGUGUACCAGGAGCUGAGCAAGUUGAUUCCCAAGUCCACAGUCGGGGAGCUGAGCGAGAACUCCAGCAAUGUGCUGCAGCUCAUCAUGGAUGCUUACAACAGCCUGUCAUCCACGGUGACCCUGAAGCACGUCACACCCCUGCCUGGGGUCAACAUCUCGUAUACAUCUCAGUGUGGUGGUCCUGAGAAGGAGGGUGAAGCCGGGGACCAAGGCCAGUGCGAUAAUGUCCGCAUCAACCAAACGGUGGAUUUCUGGGUUACUCUCCAAUCCACCCACUGCUUCGAAAAGCCCCAGUUUCUGAAGUUCCGGGCCCUUGGCUUCUCCGAAGAGCUGACAGUGGAGCUGGUCACACUGUGUGACUGCAAUUGUAGCGAUGCCCAGCCUCAGGCUCCCCACUGCAGUGACGGCCAGGGGCGGCUGCAGUGUGGGGUGUGCAGCUGUGCCCCUGGACGUCGGGGCCGGCUUUGCGAGUGCUCGGAGGCUGAGAUGGCCUCCCCCGAUCUGGAGUCGGGGUGCCGGGCCCCCAAUGGGACAGGCCCCUUAUGCAGCGGGAAGGGCCGGUGCCAGUGUGGACAUUGUCGCUGCAGCGGGCAGAGCUCCGGGCGCCUGUGCGAGUGUGACGAUGCCAGCUGUGAGCGGCACGAGGGCCUGCUCUGUGGAGGCUUUGGCCGGUGCCAAUGUGGAGUGUGCCAAUGUUGGGGCAACCACACGGGCAGGGCCUGCGAGUGCAGCGGGGCUGUGGACAGCUGCGCCAGCCCCGGUGGGGACCAGUGCAGUGGGCACGGCGACUGCAGAUGCAACCGCUGCCACUGCCACCGCGGCUACUACGGUGCGCUGUGUGACCAGUGCCUGGGCUGCGAGACCCACUGUGAGAGACACCGGGACUGUGCAGAGUGCAUGGCCUUCGGGACUGGUCCCCUGGCCAUCAAUUGCAGCUUGGCUUGUGCCCAUGUCAACAUGACUUUGGCUUUGACACCCGUNCUGGUGGAUGGCUGGUGCAGAGAGAGGACCGUGGACAACCAGCCGUUCUUUUUCUUGGUGGAGGAGGCCGGCGGCAGUGUCAGGCUGAGAGUGAGACCCGAAGAGAAGGGAGCAGACUACACCCAGGCCAUUGUGCUGGGCUGCGUGGGGGGCAUUGUGGCCGUGGGACUGGGGCUGGUCCUGGCUUAUCGGGUCUCAGUGGAAAUCUAUGACCGCCGGGAAUUCAGUCGCUUUGAGAAGGAGCAGCAGCAGCUUAGCUGGAAGCAGGACAACAAUCCUCUCUACCAAAGCGCCAUCACAACCACCAUCAACCCCCACUACCAGGGGAAUGUGCGCCCCGCUCCCUGAGGAGCAGGCAGACGCACACCCUGGGCACCCUGUGGAGCAGUGGGUCCGUCUGGGAGCAGUGUGGCAGUCUCCAGCAGGCUUCAUUUUCAGUGGUGCCCAGGAGGAUGGCCUUCCACUGCCAAGACCUCACUUCCUACCUCACGUGGACAA